CAGCCGACACCCGGGUGGUGCCAGUAGGUGGUGAAUGAGCACCCAAGGUUUUCCUUAAGUCCCAGGAGUGGACAUCACCCCGAGUCGGGGUAUUUCGGCCUUUGCCUUCUGCUUGGGGUGGGAGUCUUGGGACACCCCCCACGUUUGGUUUGCCGGUCCAUCGCACAUCGAGGGCUUACCGUGACAUUAUCCCCGGCCAGCGGGUGGAUGAAAACACUGAGGCUGAGAGCGAGGAUGCCCUGCACACGGCUGGUGGCCACACCUGGUCCAGGCCAUGUCUAGCUUGGGUGUGUAACUCUGCGCUGUGCUGCAGACCUCCCAGGCCUAGCUGGUCCAGGCAGGGAGCACUGAAAUGCUCCCAGAUGAGUUCCUCCAGGUGAUGGAGGGCUUUCAGGAGGGCGCAGGCCUGGCUGUGGGGUGGACAGAGCGUUUCAGAGAAACAGGAGAACACUGCGGCUUCUAGAGACUUGGGGCUUGCAUCGUGGUUUACAGUGAUGUGGGCUCCACCUCCCCAAAGCAGUAUCACUGCUGUCAGAGGCGGGGAAACUGAGUCAGGGACUUGGAAGGCUCCUGCUUUCCCUUUUGUAAUCCUGUGGGUGAGGUCAGCUCCCAGCUGAGCGGCACAAAGAGGUGUAUCUGCCACAGAGGCCGCUCCAGGGCACCCACUUCCUUCCCCGGCGUGGUAUGAGCCUGAUUUACAGCGUGCUUGAGAGGAGAAAGGAGAAUGUGCCGCUGUGGCAGCCCUCCGCUGUCCUGAUGGUGCAUCUCCAUUCUCCGGAGAUGGUUGCUGUUUAGGACUUUUCUAGUCAUAACUUUCAUGGUGCUGUUUUCAGGUUUGGACAUCAUGAAAACCCUUUCCCAGCGACUGGCUGCAUUUGCUAAUGGGGUAUAAGACAGCGCCCUGCACCCAACUUCAGUGACUCUUACUGGUGGGCCCCAUCGGCAGGCCUCACUGUUCAUCGAUGGCGCCCUUGGCAGGAACUGGGGGACAGUGGCAGCCACGCCUUCUCCUGCUCCAGCCACUCCUUCCACCAUCUGCUAACCUGCGUGCCGUGGGUGCCCCGGCGGCCCCCAGAGGACUGAUCAUCUGAGCCAGCUUCACUCCGCGUACUGAGUCCCUCAAGAUGUGGCUGGAGUGGCUGGUGGCCUGGAGCUGGUCUCUGGAUGGCCUGAGGGACUGUAUUGCCACCGGCAUCCAGUCCGUGCGGGACUGUGACGGCACAGCUGUCGUCACCGUGGCCUGCCUGCUGGUCAUGUUUGUGUGGUACUGUUACCAUGUGGGCCGAGAGCAGCCUCGACCCCACGUGUCCGUCAACUCCCUCCUGCAGGGGGUGGACGCCAACGGGCUACAGAACGGGUCCAUGUACUGCCAGUCACCCGAGUGCGUCCGCUGCACGCACCACGAUGGCCUCAACCAGAAGCUUUACCACAACCUGCAGGAGUACGCCAAACGGUACUCGUGGUCCGGCAUGGGCCGCAUCCACAAGGGCAUCCGGGAGCAGGGCCGUUACCUCAGCAGCCAGCCCUCCAUCCAGAAGCCCGAGGUCUUCUUCCUGCCUGAUCUCCCCACUACGCCCUACUUCUCCCGGGACGCCCAGAAGCACGACGUGGAGCUGUUGGAGCGGAACUUCCAGGCCAUCCUCUGCGAGUUCGAGACACUCUACAAGGCCUUCUCUAACUGCAGCCUCCCGCAGGGGUGGAAAGUGAACAGCACCCCCAGUGGGGAGUGGUUCACCUUUGACUUUGUCAACCAGGGCGUUUGCGUCCCCAGGAACUGCAGGAAGUGCCCACGGACGUACCGCUUGCUCGGCAGCCUCCGGACCUGUAUUGGAAACAAUGUUUUCGGGAACGCCUGCAUCUCGGUGCUGAGUCCUGGGACUGUGAUCACGGAGCACUACGGACCCACCAACAUCCGCAUCCGGUGCCACCUAGGUCUGAAGACUCCCAAUGGCUGUGAGCUGGUGGUGGGGGGCGAGCCCCAGUGCUGGGCGGAAGGCCGCUGCCUGCUCUUCGACGACUCCUUCCUGCACACUGCAUUCCAUGAAGGUUCCGCUGAGGACGGCCCACGGGUGGUCUUCAUGGUGGAUCUCUGGCACCCCAACGUGGCAGCUGCCGAGCGGCAGGCCCUGGAUUUCAUCUUUGCUCCAGGACGAUGAGUGAGGACGUUGCCUGGGCUGGAGCCGGGCUGUGUGGGACCCAGGCGGACUGUGAGGACAGCUCAGUCCCUGCCCUGACCCACACUGGACGUUUGAGUGGCUUCCUGCCACGGUGGGAGCCCUCUUUCCUUUGGUUACUGGGAUCUUCCUCGGUUUCUUUCCCCUUCCAGUUAUUUGCUGGGACUUCUGGCCCACUAGUGUGUCCCUUUGGCUGUGACCAGAGACUCCGUGUCCCUCAAGUCUGUGACUUUGCUACCUGGUGUCUUCUUCUCCGUGUUCUGGAAUAGAGUAACCAAAUGGCCA